AUGAGAUCUGCUACUUGGUUUAUAGUUUUUUGUGUUCUCAUCUUUCUCGUUCUCAACGAUGGUAAGGAAGUGGAAGCAGCGGAUCCGUGUACAAGAAUAGAAGAUAUCGAAGGAAACUGCAACGUUAACGGAGAGAAAGAAUGCAUGAAAUUCAUGACGAAUAAAUACAAGACAAGAUUUCUUAGUUGCGCAUGUAACAACAUUUACAUGUUACAGAAGACCAAGCGGUUUUGCGAAUGCAAAUAUCCCUGUGGAAAUCAAAACAAUACCCCAUAA